AUGGGGAGACUACCCGUAGCCUUUACUCUUACCAGUGGUAGUUUUGACAUAUUUCUUGUUGUACGUUCAAGAGAAGAUAAGGGUAACAGAUUGGUGGUAGAAAUUAAUGGGGAGUCUUUGAUCAAACUUGGGAUCAUUCUCUUGCGGAACACAUUGAGAAGUUGCAGAAACCGAGUUUCAGGUCUUUCAAUGGCAUACAUACCUCCGCACAAACGGCAGUCUAAAGAUAAUGAUAAUAGUCAUCCUAUUCCAACACCUUUUUUUCUUCUUCCUCGGUUCAAAGAAAAAUCAAACUUGGGGUCUUCAGCAACUGGUCCUAAAUCAAAGAUGAAAAAUGAUACUGCUCGAAAGGGUGGUAUAAUCAUUUAUGCGAAAGAUUCCAUAUCUAAAUGGUUUAUAGAAUGUGGUUCAGCGACAUCUGAUGGUGAUGAGCUCCCUGCAAAAUCAUUUCGGAUGGAGCCAUUUCCUCUUGUCAAGUCACUUCAGUGGAAACGCUCAGGUGAACCAUUUGUUUUGGCUUCUAACUCCAUCGGACACGGAGGAUUUGUUCAAACUACUCCAUGGAGAAUAAAUGAGUUCAGGAGAGGUUGGUGUAGUACUGAAGCCUACUUUCAUAGUCAGAAUCGGCAAAAUCCUUUUUCAUGGAAAGAAAUUUUCAGGCGGUGUAACCAGCCUAUGGCAGAUGCUGAAAUGGCUUUUGGUCGCGUUGGAAGAUCAUUUUGGACAAACCUUCCUGACUCUUACAUGGAAGCCAUUCUUGCUACAGUUAUUCCAAAAAUCAGAGUUGAUUCUGAGCACACCAAGGAGUACUACCAUGUGAAGAAGAGGUGCCUAAGAGUGGAUGUAUCUUGCCUUGAUAGAGAUUUGGACCUGAGGUUGAUGUUAUCCACCAAGAGGGGAUUGACGACGUCAGUGAAGGGCGACCCUGAGAAGUUAAGUACCUUAAGACAAUUGGUUGAUGGUGCAAUAUUGGAUUCCAACGUACAAGGUGGUUUGAAAUGGGAUGUGGGGAAGAGGUAG